CGAGAGCAAAAGGGAACACAUGAUAAAAAUACCACUUUUCUCCGUUAUUUCACUUGUGUUGUACAUCUGGUCGCGAUUGAAACGGAACCUCUUCUCACUGCCAUCUCAUUGUUUAUUGUGUUGUCGAUGUAUACAGAAAACUGUUGGACUUCUAUAAUCGAGCAUUUGUUUUCCAACUAUACGAUUAAAAAGAUAUUAUAAGUGCGUCCCCAAGCAAUUGGGAUUGGUGAACCAAAACCGCGGAACCUCGGAGUGGAUGUAAACACCAUAAUAUAAUAUCAAAAUGAAUGUUGUGGCCAGAUCCAGCCUAUGGCGAUUGGCAAAGGAUGAGUCCAAACAAGUGGAUGAUACGGAAAAAGCUAUAUAUGAACCGAUUGGCUCUACCGAACAGGACAUCCGUGUUCAAGAUGCAACUGGUGAUUUACACCAGAAUGUAGUCCAUAAGUCGACUAAUUUUAUGGCAGUCAACAGUCCCAACCAGAAUCAGUUUGAACACUUCGUUCAAACUUUAAGCUCCGAUAAUGCAAAUGUGUCUCGAAUGGAGCGGAAAAUUGAAAAAAUGGAAUCUCAAAUUGCGACACUGGUGGAGCAGAAUAACCAAAUUCUAGCAAAAGUAAAACGAAUUUCGGACAAAUUUCAAACCGGCCUUCCAAAGACUGAGUUCCCUAUAAAAACCAUUGAAGAACUUAGUGAAAUAGAAGCCAAAGUAACGGAAAACUAUGACAAAUAUGUGGACCUGUUCCGAACCAUUCUCGCACCCGAAGGCGUAAAAAAGCACAUGAGUAGAAUUUUAUCGACCUCGAUUUUAAUGAGUAUGAACUAUUCAGGCACCGGCUCCAAAACGGGGCUUAAUUCAUACGUAAACCUAAACAAGUGCAUUUAUGAUUCUCAGAAAAGGGAUGGCUACACAUUCGCAGACUAUGUGCAGGAUGUUCGGAGGGCCUUUGCGAAAAUGAAAAAUAAGGUUUACAAGGCCAAAACCUUUGCAAAACAAGCGCUUAGAGCUGCGAAAAAAGAAGAAUGUGAGAAAGACCUCAAAAAGCUAGUUUUACCUGGAUCGUCGUAAACAUUUUUGGAAUUACUUUAACUACAUCGAUGGAAUGUGAUAUGGAUGUUUUAUA